AUGGUUUGGUUGAAGAAGGCGGCCAUUGCGGCCGUCUUGUCCUUCGCGGCCAUCGCAGACGCACAAUCCUCCACGCCCGAUGGCAACUGUUAUUCUCUCGAGUCCGUCCAGGGCCCAGUCUCCGUGGAUCCCGACAGAUGGCCCAGCGGUGGCAUGACCAUCGAGAAGUGCCGUGUGUUCUGCGGGCAAGACUACAAGUACUACGCCGUUUCCCAGGGAGUCACUUGCCGUUGUGGCAAUACCCUCGGAGGCAGCAAGGUAGCCGACAGCCAGUGUGACUCGAGUUGUUAUGGAGCUCCCGGUCAGACUUGUGGUGGAAAUGGUGCUCAGAUGGUCUUCGAGAGAGACGCGGAUGAGGCGGACGCGAAUGACUCCAUGAUGAGGAUCAUGGCGGAUGGGGAUCCAGAGGAUCCAGAGGCUAGCACCACCACCACCACGGAAUCCACUACUACUGAGGCUACUACCACCGAGAGCACUUCCACGGACGAGCCCACCACUACAGAGGAGUCUACUACCACCACUGAGAGUACUUCCACGGAGGAGUCCACCACCACCACGGACGAGCCCACAACCACCACUGAGAGUACCUCCACGGAGACUACCACCACGGAGGAGUCCACGACAACAAGUGAGUCUAGUUCCACCUCUUCUGAUGAGCCUACCACCACGGAAACCACUACCACGGAGACCACCACGGAGGAUUCCACGACAACAAGUGAGUCUAUCUCUACUUCUGAUGAGAUUGAGACUACGACCACGGAAACCACUACCACGGAGACCACCACUGCAGAGACUACUACCACAGAAGAAGCGACAACAACGACCGAAUCGACUACUUCCGAGGAGUCUACUACAACAGAUUCCACAAGUACUACAGAAACUGCCAUAAGUGAACCAAACACGACAACUGAGUCGACUUCCUCCGAGGAGCCUACUACAACGGAUUCCACGAGUACCACGGAAACCACAACAAGUGAAGAGACCACGACCACUGAAUCGACUUCUUCUGAAGAAAACUUCUACUUCUACAACAGAGGAACCUACAACGACGCCCGCUUCAUCCACCACGUCGAGCUCAAGCUCAGAGAGCUCGACUUCAACCGCGGAACCCACGUCGACAACAUCGCAAAGCCCGUCCUCAGUUCCACGGAGACUUCUGAGACUUCAACGACAACAUCUAUCACUCCUGAACAGCUUACCACGACUACGAGUUCUACCAGCUCCGAGGAGUCGACCAACCGUCGAGCCGACCACGACCUCGAUAUCAUCUUCGGCGUCAUUGGAAACACCAACCCCCACCCCAAGCACUACCUCCUCACCAGAGCCCUCAUCCAGCCCAAGUUCAUCUGCGGAGGUAACUCCUACCCCUACCCCCUCAUCGAGCCCGUCUCCUUCAUCGACGGAGGUCUCGUCCAGUCCAAGCUCGUCUCAGGAGUCUACUUCAAGCCCAACUCCAAGCCCGACUUCCUCGCCGACGCCUUCGCCAAGCCCUUCACCCUCCUCGUCUCCGGACACGAGUACGUCUCAGGAGCCGAGCUCAUCUCCAUCACCGUCACCGGAGUCUUCACCAACGCCGACUCCUACCCCUCCGUCUCCUUCUCCAAGCCCGUCCCCUUCACCUUCACCAGAGCCAUCUCCAACUCCUUCCCCAAGCCCCUCAUCUUCUCCAGAGCCUUCUCCCAGUCCAUCCCCGGAACCAUCGCCAAGUCCAUCACCUUCACCAGAGCCGUCUCCAAGCCCUUCGCCGAGCCCUUCGCCGAGCCCCUCACCGAGUCCCUCACCCUCACCGGAGCCUUCUCCAAGCCCGUCGCCGAGUCCCUCACCCUCACCGGAGCCUUCUCCAAGCCCUUCGCCGACUCCAUCACCUUCACCAGAGCCUACUCCAAGCCCUUCACCGAGUCCCUCGCCAAGUCCAUCACCCUCGCCAAGUCCAUCACCCUCACCAAGUCCAUCACCCUCACCAGAGCCUUCUCCAAGCCCUUCACCGAGUCCCUCGCCAAGUCCAUCCGCGGAGCCUUCUCCAAGCCCUUCACCAAGUCCCUCGCCAAACCCAUCCCCGGAGCCGUCUCCAAGCCCGUCGCCGAGUCCCUCGCCCUCACCAGAGCCUUCGCCAAGUCCCUCGCCAAGCCCAUCCCCGGAGCCUUCUCCCAGCCCAUCACCGAGUCCAUCACCCUCACCAGAGCCUUCUCCAAGCCCGUCGCCAAAUCCCUCGCCGAGUCCCUCACCCCCACCGGAGCCUUCUCCGACCCCUCUGCCCGAGUCAUUCCAAAGUCCUACACCAGCGCCAUCAUCAUCGCUCAGCACACCUCCUACUUCGGGUGCUCCGCCGCCCUCAUCAUCACCUCUUAG